AUGUCGCUUAUCAAGAGUCUGACUGAGAAUGCCUCUGAGCCUAGCGCUAAAAGGAGGAAGCUUGACAAUGGCGCAGCUUCCAAUGAUGAGCCCAAGGAGACUGAGGAGUCGGAUAGUGAUGAGGCUGAAGUCAAGGACACCGAUCUCGUUGAAGAGCCUGAAGAGGCUCCCGACGAGACUCGUAUUGAAGACCUGUUCGAGGGAGAUGAGGACGAGACUCCAGACUCUUCGGAUCCCUUUGAAACUCACUUUGCGAGUCCAGACGAAGACAGCUUUUCGAAUAAAGGCAACGAAGAUCUGGAACUUCGAGACCAGGGUUUCACUCGGCCCAAGGUCCUCAUGCUGCUUCCAACCCGAGAGUCCUGCUACCGAAUGAUUGAGAUGAUCUGCUCCAUCUGCGAGCCUGAUCAACAGGAGAAUAGGAAGCGCUUCGAUGACUCUUACCAUGACAAAGACCAAAGGUUCGGCACAGAUAAGCCAGCAGAUUUCAGAGACUUGUUUGAAGGCAAUGACGACGACAUGUUCCGAAUAGGGGUCAAGUUCACCAGAAAGACCAUUAAAUACUUUGCACAGUUCUACAACUCUGACAUCUUGCUGGCGAGUCCGCUCGGCUUAAAGAUGGCUAUAGGUUCGGAAGAAGGCAAGAAGGUCGAGCAUGACUUCCUAAGCUCCAUCGAAGUCGUCAUCGUUGAUCAGGCAAAUGCUCUACUCAUGCAAAAUUGGGAGCACGUUGAGUCGAUAUUCGAGCAUCUCAACUUGCAGCCAAAGGACGCACAUGGUUGUGAUUUCAGUCGAGUCCGUAACUGGUAUCUGGAGGACCAAGCAAAAUAUUUCCGACAAACCCUCCUUUUCUCCGAAUUCAAUACACCUGAACUAUCGGAGCUGUUCAGACUUCAUUGCCUGAAUUGGGCUGGAAAGGUUAGAGUCCAGUCAGAAUACUCGGGAAUGAUCCAACAGCUCGGAGUACGAGCAAAACAGACAUUUUCAAGGUUCGAAUCCCCUUCUAUCGACGGAGAUCCGGAUGCACGGUUCGCAUAUUUCACAAAAGCCAUCAUACCCUCACUCGUCAAGCGCUCCAAGGAUAGUACCGGCACCCUCAUAUUUAUCCCCUCCUACCUCGAUUUUGUUCGAGUGAGAAACUACUUCGCAUCAUCUCCAGCCGUGGCUAGCUUGACGUUUGGUGCUGUUUCGGAAUACUCCAGCACGCCGGAAGCAUCAAGGGCAAGAGCACACUUCUUCGCCGGUCGGCACAAAGUGUUGCUGUACACGGAGCGCGCACAUCACUUCCGAAGAUACCAACUGAAGGGGGUGCAAAGGGUCAUCAUGUAUGGCUUGCCAGAUAACCCGAUUUUCUACAAAGAGAUCACGGGAGAAUACCUUAGCAAAGCCGAACAUGACCUGAAGCUCGCGCCAGGCCAAGGCACGGUUAGGGCCAUGUUCUCAAAGUACGACAUUCUCAAGUUGGAAAGAGUAGUAGGGAGCCAAAGAGUUGGCAAGAUGAUCCACGAAAGAGGUGAUACUUUCGAUUUUGUCUAA